AUGCGCCCAUUGUACGCUCGCCGACACUCCCUCGUCAAUUCGAAGCUUCAACACGCGGACUUUUGGCCACGGGUUUUCGCCAACUCCCCCGCCGAUAUUGACGAAUACGUGCGUCCGUCUGAUGCGCAGGUCAUUAGUGCGUGUCUGAAAAAUAUCACCAUCGAUCGGUUUGAAGUGAAUGAGCGCGGCGAGGGAGAACCACGCAGCGUCCGCUUCACAUUUGAGUUUGACAAUGGCGAAGACAAUGUGUGGUUCGAGAAUGAUAAGCUGGUGAAAGAGUUUUAUUGGCGAAAGGAUAUUAUGACCGCGGUCAGCGGAAAGAAGAGAGUCUGGGAGGGCAUGGUUUCGGAACCCGUAAGGAUAAAUUGGAAGGAGGGAAUGGAUCUCACGGAAGGGCUCCUGGAUGCUGCUUGCGACUUGGCGGAUGCGGAGAAGGCUUUUAUGAAAAAGGAAAAUAAGCCCAAAGCAACGAACGAGGACCGCUUGAAACUGAAAGAGUAUGAAUCCUUGGUAAGGAAAGUUGCGAAAUUCGAGGCUGAAGUCGCCAACGAAGGAGAAGGGGAUGAUGAGGAAGGCGAAAGCAGCCCAAUGGCCUUGAGCUUUUUCGCCUGGUUUGGAUACCGCGGAAGAGACGUCACCGCUGAAGAAUCUGCUCGCGCCAUCAAGGAAGAUAACGAGAAGUGGGACAAAAUCAUCAAAGGCGAAGAAGCGUUUGAUGAGGAGGACGAGGAGGAUGAAGUCGAGGAGAACACUCUGGCCGAUGCUGAAAUCUUUCCGAUGAGAGUCGUUGGCAAUCUCCCUUGGCGAAGACCUCUGGCCCAAUGCCUGAAUAUUAUGAAUUCGGAGACAUGGAAAAUGACGACGAUGAAGACGAUGAGGACGACGCAUCUGAGGAUGAGCCGGAGCGUCCUCGCAAGAAGGUCAAGACGUGAUUCCGUUGACUUUCUCCGCCUUCUCCCUGUACUUGCAUGUAAUCUAAAGCACGAUGACCAAAAUUAA